UCCGCCCCCCGCCCGGCCACAGCGCUCCCCUCGCUCAGUCUGGUUGGCCCCAUGUUACUGAGCGGAGCUCCUCCGGCGGGCUCCGGCUCGGGGCCGCGGGCGCAGGGGAACGCCGGGGGCGGCCCAGGAGGGUCGCGCCGAGGCGCCGGGAGUGCGGGGGCCGGCCCAGGAGGGGGCGGCAGUGGCGGAGUGGCCAAGUGGCUCCGGGAGCACCUGGGCUUCCGCGGGGGGGGCGGCGGCGGAGGUGGGGGCAAGCCGGCGCCCCCAGAGCCGGACUAUCAGCCCCCCGCACCCUCUCCGGCCGCUCCCCCCGCGCCACCCCCGGACAUCCUGGCCGCCUACCGGCUGCAGAGGGAGCGCGACUUCGAAGAUCCCUACUCCGGGGGGCCGUCCGGCUCCGCUGCCCUCGCCACCCCAGCAGUCCCCGGCCCUACGCCGCCCCCGCGCCACGGCUCACCCCCGCACCGCCUCAUUCGGGUCGAGACCCCUGGCCUCCCGGCACCCCCUCCGGAGGAGAGGACCUCUGGACCCCCCGCCAGCAACGACAGGAGCAUCUUGGGAGAAGCGGAGCUGCCUCUUGGAUGUCUGAAGCCUGCUCUCCUUCCACAGUUGGCAAUCCUAGAAGACUAUGCGGACCCAUUUGAUGUUCAGGAAACUGGUGACAGCCCAGCAGGGGCUUCAGGAGCCCCAGAGAAGGUUCCUGAAAAUGAUGGCUACAUGGAGCCCUAUGAGGCCCAAAAGAUGAUGGCAGAGAUCCGGGGCUCCAAGGAGACAGCAGUUCAGCCCCUGCCUCUGUAUGACACACCCUAUGAGCCAGAGGAGGAGGGGACCACCCCAGAGGGUGAGGGGGUCCCCUGGCCCCGAGAGUCCCGUCUGCCCGAGGAUGAUGAGAGGCCGCCUGAGGAGUAUGACCAGCCCUGGGAGUGGAAGAAGGAGCGGAUUUCCAAAGCCUUUGCAGUUGACAUUAAGGUCAUCAAAGACCUACCUUGGCCUCCACCAGUGGGACAGCUGGACAGCAGCCCCUCCCUGCCUGAUGGGGACAGGGGCGUCUCCGGUCCAGCCUCACCCCUCCCUGAGCCCAGCCUGGAGGACGGCAGCGCCCAGUUUGAAGGAUCUGAGAAGAGCUGCCUGUCACCUGGCCGGGAGGAGAAGGGGCGGCUACCUCCCCGACUCUCUGCAGGGAACCCCAAGGCAGCCAAGCCUGUAAACGUGGAGCCCAGCAGCCCCCUGGGGGAGUGGACAGACCCAGCACUUCCUCUGGAAAACCAGGUCUGGUACCACGGGGCCAUCACUCGAACAGAUGCCGAGAACCUGCUCCGGCUGUGCAAAGAAGCCAGCUACCUGGUGCGCAACAGUGAGACCAGCAAGAAUGACUUCUCCUUGUCCCUCAAGAGCAGUCAGGGUUUCAUGCACAUGAAACUGUCUCGGACCAAGGAACACAAGUAUGUGCUGGGCCAGAACAGCCCACCCUUCAGCAGCGUCCCUGAAAUCGUGCACCACUACGCCAGCCGCAAGCUGCCCAUUAAGGGGGCCGAGCACAUGUCCCUGCUCUACCCCGUGGCCAUCCGGACUCUGUAGGUGUGAGGCUUCAGCACUGUGACAGAUCUGGACGCAGCUCUGUGUUCAUCCCCCGGCUGAGGGUCGUGACUGUCCCCGGGACAUGAUCUCCCUUUCUUCCUUCACCUUGGGAUCUAGUGCAAGCUGGAGAUUUAAAUUAUUCUAAAGCGGAAGGGCUACCGGGGCCUUAGAAUAAGUUAUCUGGAGGUGGGGAUAGAGAAAUCCCCGGGAAGAAGGGCUAGCUACUGGAGAAGGGGGCUUCAGAACGGCUGGUCUCCUGGAGUUUAAGAUCAGCAGCCCAACCCCUUUCGGUCCCUAGGGCACAGGUGGGGAUUGCCUUCCCCACCGGCCUCAUUCCGCCGGUCACUGCGGGGUGGGGCAGGACGCGGGCCCGCUGGGCGCGCGUACCACCUCUCCGCCUCCACCCCCAAACCACCGGCGGGCGUCGCCCAGAGUCUGGUGCGGGGCUUGGGGAAGGCGGACCCCUGGAAUGGAGACAGCAUUGGGGUUGGGAGAGAAUGGGAAGGGCUCGGGCCGGAGGGAAGCUAUGCAGUCCCCAGGCCGCCCCGGCUCCCGGCCAGAGGCAAUAAAUAAACAGUCCUGCCAGGC